CAUGCCCAACGCAAAACCGGAACACAAAAUAAGGAUGGGUAUGGGAACCUGGGAAGAAAUUUGGACACCAGACGUCUUCUUCCGCAACGAGAAAAAGGCGUCCUUUCAUUCCAUUAGCGUACCGAAUCGUCUUCUUCAGAUCAAACCCGACGGUACGUUGUGGUACGUCUCUAAAAUCUCAGCGACUCUUUCCUGUCCUAUGCUUUUACAUAAUUAUCCUUUAGACAAGCAGUCGUGCCCAAUCAUGUUCGAGAGUUUUGGUUAUACUAUGGAUACCAUGUACUUUGCUUGGCUAGCAAGAGCUAUUGAAAUAGACGAGGAUGUAGAACUACCGCAAUUUACUUUAGAAGAUCAAAUCAAGUACGACUGUUCUCAAAACUAUACGACAGGAGCAUAUCCGUGCCUGGAAAUAAGAUUUAUUUUACGUCGGGAUAUCGGUUACUUCCUCAUUCAGGUUUAUAUACCAUCCAUGCUGAUUGUCAUCCUGUCCUGGGUAGCCUUUUGGAUCAACAUCGACGCCAUUCCAGCCCGCGUUUCAUUAGGCUUACUUACUGUGCUUACCAUGACUACCCAAUCGACGGGAGCCAGAUCUUCCUUACCACGUGUCUCUUAUAUAAAAGCUAUCGACGUUUGGAUGUCAGUUUGCCUGGUCUUUGUUUUCGUAUCUCUUUUGGAAUUCGCCGUCGUCAACGUAAUAUCGCGGAAAGAAGUCCGAACAAUCAAACCCGUCCGUAAGCCGCCCCCGCUCAGAAAGGAUUUGGAUCCAGAAACCCAAUGGGACCAGAUCAACAUUGUCGAGAACGGAUCGGACAGGAGAGAACCACCAAAAGUCGUCGACCCCGAAGGAAAACAUAAGGCUCGAAAAGUCGAUAAAAUCUCUAGAAAACUUUUCCCAAUAGCUUUCUUACUCUUCAAUAUCAUCUAUUGGAUUUUCUACGCGGUUCCACUAUCCCAUCCAUCUAAAAAUUAA